AAAAAGAGAUGUCAUUCCCCCCACUGCGAUCCGCUUGUUCAAAAGUGUGUCCAUUCCACAAGUUGAGCCUUGCCUGUCAACACCAAAAGAGCAAGAGCUCCAUACCCACUUCAAGUCAUUGCAUGGAGCCGCUCUCGUUCGCCGAGGCCACGCGCCGUGUGGGCGUCAAGAGGGACGUCUUCUUCCGCCGUGUGCUGGUAUCAGACGCCGACGUGCAGCAGCAGAUGCUCGCAAGCAUCUCCGACGAGCUACAGGAGCUUCUGGACGGCGAGGACGCCACAUUAGUGACCGACUUCUUCCCCACCGCACUCCGCUUGACGCUGGACGCGCCCUUCCCGGCCAUCCGUGAGGCACUCGCAAAGGUAGUAGACGUCGUAGAGCAGAAUUUUCCCGAGACGCAGAAGCUGCGCGCACUUCAGACGCGCGUAUCGCACUUUUUCCCCAACGGCGACGCACCCGAGGACGCUGAGGCCGAGCCUGUGCCGCGCGUGGACGCUGAGGAUGACGACGAACUGCGCACACUUUUCCAGAAGACAUUCCUGCGCACAGGCCGCGUGACGCACCUCACGCAGAUCUUGGCGUGGCACCCUAGCUACCUCACGCUGUUCGACCGCAGUCUAGCCGCCACCAUGACGCGUGACGGAACUCUACCACUUCAAUGGCGCAGCUACAUCGCCGUCAUGGGCGCCAGUGAGCUGCGAUGUCACUACCUGGCGGAUUUGCAGCAAUACAACUUCGUAGUAAACGGCGGGGACGGCGAGUGGAUCAAGGGACUCGACUACGUGCCUCCAAAGCUCUUCAGACUGCAGGAACUCAGCUCGUUAUUGGCCCAUCGCCCCUGGCUACUGACUGCCGAUCACGUGGCGGAGCUGCUGCGCUCGGAUCAGGACGACUCGUGGUCCGUCUCGGAGCUCGUACACGCCAUUAUCGUGCUCUGUCAGGCCCACUCCAUGGCCAGCAUCGCACUGGGCGUCGGCUGUGCGGAAGAAGUGGAUCUCGCAGUGUUCGGACAGUUCGGAUACGCCCUAGAUGCCGAGAACGCCGCCGAGGGCGUGGACAACCAGGAAGCCGCCGACGCCAGCAGCUGCAGUAGCGUCGACCUGUCCACCAUCGACCGCGACGACGAAAUGCUGCUGAAACAGCUGAAGAAGAACAGUGGAUUGGACAGUGACACGGCGGACGAGGAGGAAGAAGCAGCAGAUGAACAACAAGAGGACGAGGAAGACGAAGAAGAAGAUUACACAGCGGACGGCUUCGAGGUCGUCGUGGAUGAAGCAGAUUACGGGAUCAACGCUAGUGCUGGACGCAGGAAAGACACACUGUGGAGAUUCUGUGGAGGCAGCGUCAUUCGCUAUACGGACUUCGACGUUCGGUCAGAGGAGUACGAGGUGCUGCAUACUGAGGAUUUCAGCUGGGACGAGCACUGUUUCUCUCUUGUAAAGAGGUAUUUCCCAGGAGAAGCUGGUCAGAUCCUUGAAGACUUGUUUAAUCUCACGAGUAAGCUCACGUACGACUACUUUGGAGCGCAGAAGGAGGAGUGUGUGGACACGAGUCCGUAUCGUGACGCUGUGUGGUACUAUGUGCACCGCAUCUUCGGUAUUUGCCACGAUGAUUACGACUACAGACAGGUGAACACGUAUCUGAACCGACCCACCAAGAUUUUCCUCAAGAAAGUGGCCUGUACGCCUUGGAAGGUGCGAGAGGAGGACUUUGCCCACUUCGAUCGCACACUCAGUCCGUCCGAGAAGUGUCACGUCAUUCUUCUAGUCGCGGAGGCUCGCAAACAGGCUGGACUCAUGUAUGGCCUGCGUGCUGUUAUGACCCACAUGCGCUGAAGGGGAACCUCGUAGUUGCUCUGUGUUCCUCUACUCUCUCUCUCUCUACCAAGCAGUCUGUUCGUCCAGUCCUAGUGGAGUCAGCAUUUUGGGUCUUUAAUACCUGCUACUCCGAUGCCUACGCGCCGUGUCGUGCCCCCGAACCAUCUCCGAUCAGUAAUAAGCUCUUCCUUCGAUGCAGACGCGAACGAGCAACGAUCCGACGAGUUCGCAACCUUCUUUUUGGUCAGCAAAGACAAAUGAAUUCAUCCAGGAGAAAAACAAAGCUUCAAAGCCGAAGCAAGGCCAGAAAAGCAAAGCCUAAUGAAUGUAAGUUAUCCCUAUACUACAGCGAGGUUAUCGCUUUUGGUAUGGCUGCCAGGUGUGAGCCAGCUUGACGUGAUACUUUAGUACAUUGUCUGCUCGAGGCUUCUCUUUAUGCUCCACUACGUACUUGUCACUUGAGCUGCUGGGUUCUUUCUCUUGGUUGGAAGUCUUGGCUCCUUGCCAGAGAUAUUCAACGAGCUCCAUGCGGUUUACUGAGGAGGACGGAGCUGAACUGAGGUAAAGUUCCUUUCGUUUGACUGGAGUCACGUUAUAGGAAGGCUUUCGUUGGUUGUUGGUCUGCUGGUUCGACGGUAAAUCGCAGUGCACCGUGCUGCUGGACGUACGAGGACGUAAUAAGGCGGAUUUCACGUCAGCUAGUGUUACCAAGGAGUAUUUCUUAGCUCGAGAGUCUGGUCUAUCGCCUCGACUGCUUGAACACUCGCUGCUGCCUUCUGUAUGCAACUGAAAUUGCUCAAGUUCUCUCAGCACAGAGUCUGAAAGAAGGUAGUGUGGUUAGUGAAAGUCAAUCUAUGCAAAAAGACUCAACGUACGCAG